CAGAUUUAUUGAGGAAUGUGUGUAAUUUUGAUUUGAGUUGUUGUGGCCGCCUCACCCACUGGCCUGGGAGUGUGGGAAACCUAAUCUUGCCCGGGACUCAUGCCUUUGUAAUGCUAAUGAGUUCCUAUAAAUAGGGCAGUGUGCCUCAUGACAGACCAGUUGCCUUCUGACAACACACACGCUCACUCUCUCUGCUAGAAUGGCACCUACAAUCAGCUCUGACUUUACCAACUCUAAACUCUCCAACAAGGAAAAACACAGAAUGAGAAAACCAGCUGUAGAGAAAAUGCGCAGAGAUCGCAUCAACAGCAGCAUCGAGCAGCUCAAAGCCAUGCUGGAGAAGGAGUUCCACAAGCAGGACCCCAACACCAAGCUGGAGAAAGCUGACAUCCUGGAGAUGACAGUGGCCUUCCUGAAGCAGCAGCUGCAGUCCCGAAGCUCGGCCCCCCAGCAGGCCCACAGCGACGGCUACUCCCAGUGCUGGAGGGAAACGUUGCAUCGCCUGUCUGUCAACUCCAAGGUGGACUCCGCGCCUCUGCGUCUCAGCCACUGCCACAGUAUCCACAGUUUCUCUCCAGCAUCUCCAGUCCUCUCUAUCAAACACAGCCAAACACCAGUGAAGCAAGGCACAGACACACAGAAGUCAGUCUGGAGGCCCUGGUAAAGAAACCGCUCAAGCUCAUGUAAAUCUGAUCAAGACAACCCAACAUACCUGAUAUAAUGGAAAUAGACAUGAAUGCUGUGAAAUGUCUAUUAAGUCGGCACUUAAAAGAAGCACUUGUUCUGACAUCUGCUAGAUGAGGUCUGUGAGACCUUUCAAUUGCUGUACAUCUUAAAGAUGAUGAUUGUGCUAUUGCUCCUCUCUUACCUUAGCAUGUGACUCCUGUGGAGUUCAUUUGUC